GAUCGUAGGAAAAGGAUGGAGAGGAGAAGAAGAGGGGGAGGGGGAGGGGGAGGAGGAGGAGGAGGUGGAGGAAGUGGGGGGGUGACAGUAGUAACAGCAGCGGUGGCUCUGGCCACGGCCUGGCUGAUGGUGCAGGGUGUGGUGGGUGCAGCCACGAGCGAUCCUCUCCGUGCCUCCCACCUCACCCUCGAUCAAUACUCCCCCCCUUCACCCCCGUACAACAACCAUGGACUGCUCGGGUUUUACGGAAGAAGAAGCAACAACGACGGAAGCUCCACGGAGGAAACCGAGGACCAACAGCAGCACCAUCAGUAUCAACAGCAACAGCAACAGCAACAGCAGCAGCAGCAGCAGCAGCAGCAGGUUAACCGGAAGUUCGAGGAUGAUUCUCUAAUCUAUCGAUCGAUCGACGAUCGUCAUAACCGACGUGGCUCGUUCGUUUCGUUCUCGGCCAAUGAUUUGCCGAUAAGAAGGGCUUACGAGCAGGAUAACGUAGGAACGAUCUCGAGAGACCCGUCUGGUAGGAUCGUUCCGCAGAACGACAAGGAGACAUCGAAACAUUUAUUCGGUAGGAAUGAAUACGAUGGGAAAAAGCCCGGCGAUGAUUACGUUGCUCCACCGAGCGAAAUGGACGAGCCCUUCGUGGCCGACGAAACGUUUCAGGACGAGGGUCCUGGUUCGGUAGAGAUAUACAAAUUGGAUUUGUUCGAGGAUAGGAAAUCCUUACCGAGUCGAACGUCUAACGUAAAGGGCGUAAUAAUGACGGGGUUGACGGGAUUAACGUUACCGACACCGACACCGAUUGCGACAUCGUCUACGACGAAAAUAGGUAAUAACAAGAGGAAAAUGCCAAAGAAAAUUUCAGGGCUAGGUUGGAAGCUUGGAAAAUCGUCCAACGGAUUGUUCAAGUCAACGACGGUAACCAUAGGUGCUAGCGGUAAUGACGACGAUGCGGACGACAGCAGCACCACCAAUAAUAAGGACGGCAAGGACCUUCACGGUAGAUCGAAUUUCUUGGAUUCGGAAUUAAGGUCGGAAAUACCGAGUAACGUUGAAGCUUUUGGAGUCGGGGGUGUUCCCGAGUUACAAGUUGGUUGCGAGGGUCUCGAAGCUCCUUCCUCGUCCUCCUCUACUUCCUUUUCUUAUUUCUCACCCUCUUCUCGCAAACUAAAGAGAUCCGUCGAGAGAAUCGAGAAAACGGGGGAAUCGAUUGGUAAGGCCGAACAACCUACGGCCCCGUUCAACGUCGUACCGAUACCUCUAGAUCUCGACUACGAUAUAUCGGCCGAAAGUUACGAGGAAAUGGACGAGCUCUUCAAGUUGAAGAAGUUAGAGACCGAGCCUAAGAGAAAUAAAGAGAAUCGUGGCGACAUAGACGCUAUGGUCAACGAUUUUUUGAUUCAGGAUAGAAACGUUAAGGAGAGAUUACCCGUAAGAGGUGAUCUUGGUAAUUCGAGCUUAUCGAGCGUCGUCGAAUCGAUUAAAACCGUGAACGAUUUGGAAGAUAGAAGGGAAAGGAGUAGUACUAGUAGUAGUAGUAGUAACAGUAGUAGUAGUAACAGUAGUAGUGGUGGUGGUAGUAGUAGUAACAGUAGUUUGUCGUUAUCCAACACGGAUACGAGAGAAUACGUUUCGGGUUUCAAUGGUCGUUCUCGAAAGUUGUUAUGGGUCGACAGUGAAAGAGACGACUCCGGUUUAUGGGGUUACGGCGAGGACGAAGGUGUAGUGUCCAGCGACGAAUUGGAUACCGAACAAAGACGACGACAACAGCAGCAGCAGCAGCAACAACAGCAACAGCAACAGCAACGACAACGAGAAAGACAACGACAACAGCAACAACAACAACGGGAUAGGAACAUGGUCAAUGUUCAAAUCGAUAAGAUUCGAGAGGAAUACGAUAGGUUGUUGAGACAGCAAAGAAUAGAGGAGGAGGAAAGAUUGCGAAGGGUCAAGGAACUCGAGACGAGGAGAUCAACGACGUCGGACUCUGUCCGAGAGGAGGAAGAUAGAAGAAAGAAAUUUUACGAGGAUAGAACGAGAACGGAGGAGUUGCGUAGACGCGAGGAGGAAGCGAGAAGGAGGAAGGAGGAGGAGGAACAUAGAAGAAGAAAUCUGAUAACGGAGAACAGCGGCGAUUUGAAGGAGAUAAGGAAUCUGGAGAACAGAGUAAAGGCCUUAAUGGCCAAGGAAGAGGAGGAGCAACGAAGAAGGAUAUGGUUGGAAGAGGAGAGAAGAAGACGAGAGAAGGAAAUGGAGGAAAGGAGGAGGAUGACGAUAGGAGGUGUACCAGCGAAUUUGAUGGCUCAACGAUACAACGAUUUUAAUAGAAACGAAAGUAGGAAGAAAGCAGAGGAAGAGGAGGAGAAGGAGAAGGAGAGGAGGAGGAAAUUGGAGAGAGAAUACGUAGAAAGGAAUCGUAUUUUGGAGAGGCAGAGAAUGGAGAACGAAAGAAGGAGACAGAUGUUGGAGGAAAGGAGAAGGGAGGAGGAGGAAAGAAGAAGAGGGCCUACAACGGAGGAUAGAAGGAGAAUCGAAGAGGAGAGGAGGAGAAUGGAGGAGGAAAGAAAGAGGAUGGAGGAGGAAAGGAGGAGAGGGUCGUUGGAGGACGAAAACAGAAGGAUGGAGGAGGAAAGAAGAAGGCAAGCGUACGAGGAAGAGAGAAGGAGAAUGGAGGAGGAAAGGAGAAGGCAAGCGUUCGAGGAAGAGAGAAGGAGAAUGGAGAACGAAUGGAGAAUGAAGGAGAACGCGGAGGAAGAGAAUAGAAGGAGAAUGGAGAUGGAGAGAUCGAGAAGUACGGAGGAACGGAAUAACCUGACGCGUGACAGAAACGACGAGGAAUAUCGAAGAAGAAGAAUAAUAAUGGAGGAACGUCAAAGGAGACUCGACGAGGAGAGAAAGUUGCAGGAGUACGUGAGAAGAAAUCAACCGGUCGAUAUCAGGACCGACGGAGCUAGAGACGAACGUUUGAACGUUUCACGAAGAUGGAAGGAGAAAAAGCAAGAGGAGGAAGAGGAGAAGAAGAGGAGGCAGAUGGAGGAAAGGGCGAUGGAGGCUGUCAGGCAAAUGAAUCGAUCCAAUAGAUACCCAAGUUCGGGAUACGAGAGGAGAGAGCACGGUCCAUCUGCCCCGACUUACAUCGAUCCUAGAAGCUCGCUGGACGAGGCUAGAAGGAGACAAGAGACGGAGGCCUUGGAACGACGACGAAAAGAGGAAGAGGAGAAAAGACGGCGGAUAUUGGAGGAGGAACGAAGAAGAGAGAUCGAGUAUAGGAGGGAACAGUCGAGAAGAUACGAGGAGGAAAGAAAGAGGAUGGAAGCCAGCAGACUCGAGGAAGAUAGAAGGAGACAAGAGGAGACCAUCGAGAAUCAAAGAAGAAGCGGUACGACGUCGUCUGUGACAUCAAGAGUCAGGCCGACCGUUACCGAUUCUGUUACUCCUGUUUUGGAGAAUUUGUACGAUCGAAGAACCACAGAGAUACGUCGGAGGGAACGACUCAGAGAGCAAAGAGAACGACAGAGGAUCAGGGAGGAACAAGAGAAAAGGAGACAGGAGAUCAUAGCACGACAAAACGUACGACGUCAGCACGAGAACAGCGCCAAAGCCCAAUGGGAAAGAGAAGACAAUAGAAGAAUUAUGAAUGAACAACAUAGGCGGCACGAAGAAGCCAGAUUAAACGCGUUACCGGUUAGCGCUAGGAUAAUAGUUCAACCCAAAGGAUCCUCGGCCCAUUCAAGGCCGACAUUCACGUCGAGGGCAGGCUUUGAAAACGGGAUCAAUUUCCCGAACGUGAGUUCACGCAACAAUGGAGGACAAACACCGAUAUUUCCAACGACCCCUACGACGAGUCCAUACGUUCGGAGUCCUAACCCUUGCGUCUGGGCCGUCGUUCAUUGCUGUCCAACUAACACGAAUCGUCUCGUCACGUGUUUCGAAUCGCUCGGUUGUCCCGGAGUGAAUUGGGAUCCAAAUCCCUGCAGAGAAGCCGUCGCGGAUGCUGCGAGAGAAGAGGUCAUGAGAUUUUACAAUUCGGAAGAAGAGGACAACCGUAAUUGAGUGACCCCCUACUAACUAUCUAUCUACCUACCUACCCACCCCAAUCUUCCCUUCAACUUUCGAAGUUUGUUAAAUUCGAAAUCAACCGCGUAUGAACGCGACUUUCCUUUCUCUGUCACACUUUUUUUUUUAAUUUCUAUCGAUCUCUAUUUCUUCUUUUCCCUUUUAUCUCUUUUUAUCUUUU